UUCCGUGUGUGUUGUUUUGAAGCCCUGGAAGCGGCAGCUGUUAGCUUCAGAGAAACAGAAACAUGUCAGCUACCGAGGACGACACCGAGCUCAGGGACCUGCUCAUCCAAAGCCUGGAGAGCAACGGAGUCCUCAACAAGCUCAAGGCAGAGAUGAGGGCGGCCGUGUUCCUGGCCAUGGAGGAGCAGGACAGACUGGAGAACAAAACUCCUCUGAUCAAUGACAAUCUGAAGAAAUGUCUCAACACCAAAGACGGUCGCCUGGUUGCCAGCCUGAUCGUGGACUUCCUGCAGGUCUUUAACCUGGACUUCACCCUCGCGGUGUUUCAGCCGGAGAUCAACUCGCUGAACGGUCUGGACAGUCGGGACCUGGUCUGCAGAGAGCUGGGUCUGUCCGAGUCUGAGGUGAACAGGAACUGUCCUCUGCUGCUGGAGCUCGUCAGGAGAGGACAACUCCGAGACAAACCGUCCGUCUGCAUGGAGGGAGACAGAAGUGGAAAUGUCCCCAAGGUUCAGGACUCUGAUGUCAGCCAACCUCAAAGCCUCUUCCCUGAGGAGAAGAUGGGCUGUCGAUCUGUCAGUAAGAUCCCCAGAUAUAAAGGCCAGAGACACAGUGGACAGAGUCAGACAGCAGCCAAGGACUCGGAGCGUGUGACGGCUCUGGGUAAAGGAGACUUGCAGCAGCAAGUGUCUGACAACAGGAUGUCGUCCUUUGGUCUGAAGAGGGACCGUCUGGACCUGGACCUGGAAGUGGAGGACGACCUCGACGACGGAGAUUCAUUCUUCGACGACCCGCUGCCCAAACCUCAGAAGACCUACGGCUGUCGUAGUUCUCCCUGUGGAGAAAAGGAUUCAUCAGAGAGGACGGACAGUCAGAACGAUGUUGUCCCCCUGAGGGAGGAGUGUCUCUCUGGGCCGGCCGUCUCCCCCAUGAGGCGGGGCAAGAGCCUGAACGAUCUGUCUGUCCUGGCUGCUGACUCAGAGGUCGAGCGAGACGACCCUCUGUCUGAACGCGGUCAGAGCUCUGAGCUCAGGAAGAUGGAGACGUCCGGGGCCAGAGAGAGUCCUGCAGGGUCCGUGUCUGAGGCUCCGAGACCAGGAGGAGGAGGAGGAAGCAGCGCGUCCGAGCAGAGCCACAGCAGGAACGGUCAGUUUGACGGAUCCAACUCCAGAGAGAAGGAGCUCAGAGACCCGAAGGCCCCGAACGAUCGGACUGGAUCUCUGCGUUUAGACGAUGACGUUGAAUACGACGACGACUUUAACAGUCAUCGCUCAGAUUUCUCCAAGAGCGAGCUGAGUAUCGGCGAGGAGAUCGAGGAAGUUUCCAUCGAGGGACCGGACAACAGCGACAAGGUGAUCAGACGGUUGGCGUCCAUCACGUGUCCGUCACGCGUCCUGUUUCAGUGUUUUCAGUGUGAUCGAUGCCGAGCAGCUGCCUCCACCACCUCCACCUCACCAUCACCUGUACGAGACACAGACGAACCAGCAGCUCAGUCCAGACCUCAGACCUUCCAGUCCAGUCCUGGGAUCAGCUGGUGGUUAAGGAAGUCCUGUGAUUUAGAGGAAGUCCUUAAAUACACCUCACAGCAGCAGAAGAAGAAGAUGGAGUUCUCAUUGGACGAAGGUUUGGGCGGCCUGUCAGAUUAUGAAUAUGGUGACGCUGAGUUUGACUACGACCCAGUUGGACCUUGUUCUUACCAGAACAACCGCAGCGUGGAGCUGGUGGUCGGGCCAUACAUCCACUCCAUCAUCUGCAUCCUGGGCUUUGUGGGGAACAUUCUGGUGAUCAUCACCUACGCCUUCUACAAGAGGACCAAGUCCAUGACCGAUGUCUACCUGCUCAACGUGGCCGUCGCGGACCUGCUGUUCGUAGCGUCGCUGCCUCUCAUCGUCUACAACGAGUUGUCGUCGUGGGCGAUGGGACAGGCGGCGUGCAAGCUGCUGCGCGGCUCCUACAGCGUGAACCUGUAUAGCGGCAUGCUGCUGCUCGCCUGCAUCAGCACCGACCGCUACAUCGCCAUCGUCCAGGCCCGCCGCAGCUUCAGACUGCGCUCGCUUCCCUACAGCCGCCUCAUCUGCGCCAUCGUCUGGGUCUGCGCCUUUCUGCUGUCCAUCCCUACCUUCCUCUACUACAACUGGUACCAGCCGUCCCACACCAUGGAUAUCUUCUUGUACGACGGACAGGACGAGAAUCUGACCCACAUCUGGAACUCCUCCAUGUAUGAGGGACAGAAGAAUCUGACCGUGCAUCCACAGUACGUCUGCGAGUUCAGGUUCAUGAACAACAACACGGCCUGGAGGACCAAGGUGGCCGUCCCCGGCACCCAGCUGGCCGUGGGCUUCUUCCUGCCGCUGCUCAUCAUGAUCUUCUGCUACACCGCCGUCAUCAUCACGCUGCUGAGGGCCAGAAACUUCCAGCGGCACAAGGCGGUGCGGGUGGUGCUGGCUGUGGUGGUGGUGUUCAUCACCUGCCACCUGCCCUACAACAUUGUGCUGUUUUACGACACCGUCAACAUGUUCGAGCAGCAGACGUGUGAAGCGUCCGACGCCCUGCAGGUGGCCAAGACGGUGACACAGACCAUCGCCUACCUGCACUGCUGCCUGAACCCGGUGCUGUACGCCUUCGUCGGGGUGAAGUUCAGGAACCACUUCAGAAGGAUCAUCCAGGACCUGUGGUGUCUGGGGAAGAGGUACAUCGCCCCGCGCCGCUUCUCCAGAGCCACCUCCGAGAUCUACGUGUCCGCUCGCCGCUCGGUGGACGGAUCCAGCGACAACGGCUCGUCUUUCACCAUGUGAGGACGUCCGGUGCGUUUAUCCGUGGAGCCCGUUGGUGUGAACCGGGAACUUCCUGUUUAAUCCGGAUGUUGCUGUAGCUGAGCUCGAGAUCUGAAGGUCGAAGGUCACUGAGAAUCCAAACCUGACUCAAGUCUGUAAAACAUUUUGUUAUAUUGUGUUGCUUUUAGCUGUGGUUCUCAGUCAGGGCUCAGAAACCAGGGAUCAUCAGGUCCAAACAACGUGCUGCAGUUUAGCUGUCAGAUAAUCCUGUUUCCUGUCUCUGUGCUCGUUUCAUGUCUCUCUGUGGUCUUUGUGUCUCUCCGUGGUCUUUGUGUCUCUCUGGACGGGACUAAUCAGUUUCAGGUCUGAAAGUGAAGAACAGGUUUGAGGAAACAAACUUUCUGAACAGGAGAAAACUUUUUUCACUGGAUGUGAUUUAGACUCAGUUUAAUCAAUGAAAGAGGAAUAAAAACAGAUUCAGUGUUUUUCUGUGCAUCGUGGACAGAGGAAACAUUUAGACCUUUCAAAGUGAAAUAAAAUACAGAUGCCAAUGAAAUGCUUUUAUUUUGGCGGUUUUGAGGCUUUGCAGCUGGACUCAGCUGGACUCAGCUGGACUCAGCUGGACUCAGCUGGACUCAGCUGGACUCUGCUGGACUCAGCUGGACUCAGCUGGACUCAGCUGGACUCAGCUGGACUCUGCUGGACUCAGCUGGACUCAGCUGGACUCAGCUGGACUCUGCAGCCUGAACUUUUCUUCCUGCAGAUCUGAGCAGUUUGGGAUUUAAAGAGCAGCUCGAACUCUGUAACAUCGACUGAUUCUUCAAAUGUCUUCGCUUUGACACAAACGUCUUACUGUGUCCUGUCGUCUCUGCUGUUUAUUUUCUUUGAACUAAUCAUGUGACUAAUGUUCAGGUUUUUUCUGAUCUUGCCGUUUUCUCUUUGAAUAAAUGUUUUAAUACCAAGUGG